GAGAGGGGGUGACUUUUUGAUUACUUUUGUGUGUUUUGAAAAUACCUGGAUUUCUAGUUAAAAGUUCUGAGAUGGAGUUAUAAGCUUUGCCUCUGAAGCACAUAUAAAAGGUUGGUUUUGAAGUCUGAGAACGUAGAGGAGAGCUCGCCUUUCUGUCGUUUCUGUCCUAGUCAUUGUGUUAUAUGUUAAACAUUUGGAAAGAGCCCCAGCUAGGCCUCAGGAAGCAGUUAACUGCCUCUGACUUAUCAUCCUGAAGGCGAUUUGUUUUAAAGUUGAUAAUCCCUAGGGCUACAAGAGUGUCCCACAUCUGCCCUGAAUUGAAAACAGAUUCGCUUUAAGGGCCUUACAUCAGUGCUGCGGAGUCAUUCCAUGUGAGUCAGAAGGAAGUCGGGGAAGCCUUGGACAUAUGGCCGCUGGACACCCAGCAGCUCGCUUCAUGGAGGACCAAGGCUGCAGGGACGGUUCACUGGGGAACAUCGAUGACUUGGCACAGCAGUAUGCAGAUUAUUACAAUACCUGUUUUUCCGACGUGUGCGAGAGGAUGGAGGAGCUGCGGAAGCGGCGGGUUUCCCAGGACCUGGAUGUGGAGAAACCCGAUGCCAGCCCCACGUCACUUCAGCUGCGGUCCCAGAUUGAAGAGUCACUUGGCUUCUGUAGCGCCGUGUCAACGCCAGAAGUGGAAAGAAAGAAUCCUCUUCAUAAAUCAAACUCAGAAGACGGCUCUGUAGGAAAAGGAGAUUGGAAGAAGAAAAAUAAGUAUUUCUGGCAGAACUUCCGAAAGAACCAGAGAGGAAUAAUGAGACAGACUUCAAAAGGAGAAGAUGUUGGUUAUGUUGCAAGUGAGAUAACAAUGAGUGACGAGGAGCGGAUUCAGCUCAUGAUGAUGGUCAAAGAAAAGAUGAUCACCAUUGAGGAGGCGCUUGCUAGGCUCAAGGAGUACGAGGCCCAGCACAGGCAGUCAGCUGCGUUGGACCCUGCCGACUGGCCAGAUGGUUCGUACCCCUCAUUUGACGGCUCAUCAAACUGCAACUCAAGAGAACAAUCGGAUGAUGAGACCGAGGAGUCGGUGAAGUUUAAGAGGUUGCACAAGCUGGUAAACUCCACUCGCAGAGUCAGAAAGAAACUAAUUAGGGUGGAAGAGAUGAAAAAGCCCAGCACUGAAGGUGGAGAGGAGCACGCCUUUGAGAAUUCCCCGGUCCUGGAUGAAAGAUCUGCACUGUACUCAGGAGUCCACAAGAAGCCAUUUUUCUUUGACGGCUCUCCUGAAAAACCUCCUGAAGAUGAUUCUGAGUCCCUCACCACCUCGCCCUCAUCCAGCAGCCUGGAUACGUGGGGAGCUGGCCGGAAGCUGGUCAAAACCUUCAGCAAAGGAGAUAGUCGGGGCCUGAUUAAACCCCCUAAGAAGAUGGGAACGUUCUUCUCCUAUCCAGAAGAAGAAAAGGCCCAGAAAGUUUCUCGCUCCCUCACGGAAGGGGAGAUGAAGAAGGGUCUGGGGUCCUUGAGCCACGGGAGAACCUGUAGUUUUGGAGGAUUUGACCUGACGAACCGCUCUCUGCACAUCGGCAGUAAUAAUUCCGACCCAAUGAGUAAAGAAGGAGAUUUUGUAUACAAAGAAGUAAUCAAAUCACCCACUGCCUCUCGCAUCUCUCUUGGAAAAAAGGUGAAAUCAGUGAAAGAAACUAUGAGGAAGAGAAUGUCUAAAAAGUACAGCAGCUCUGUCUCUGAGCAGGACUCUGGCCUUGGUGGGAUGCCUGGCUCCCCGCCAUCGUCACACCCCGACUCUGAGCACGUGGACAAACCCAAGCUCAAAGCUGGAGGCUCCGUAGAGAGUCUGCGGAGCUCACUAAGUGGGCAGAGCUCAAUGAGUGGCCAAACAGUAAGUACUACCGAUUCUUCCACAAGCAACAGAGAAAGUGUGAAGUCAGAAGAUGGUGAUGAUGAGGAGCCCCCCUACCGAGGCCCCUUCUGUGGGCGCGCCAGGGUGCACACUGACUUCACGCCCAGCCCCUAUGACACAGACUCUCUCAAGCUCAAGAAAGGAGAUAUCAUUGAUAUAAUCAGCAAACCACCAAUGGGUACUUGGAUGGGCCUGUUGAACAACAAAGUCGGCACAUUCAAGUUCAUCUACGUGGACGUGUUAAAUGAAGAAGAAGAGAAGCCCAAGCGCCCCACCAGGAGGAGGAGAAAAGGAAGACCACCCCAGCCCAAGUCUGUGGAAGAUCUCCUUGAUCGGAUUAACCUGAAAGAACACAUGCCCACGUUCCUGUUUAAUGGGUAUGAAGAUUUGGACACCUUUAAGCUCCUGGAGGAGGAAGACUUGGAUGAGUUAAAUAUAAGAGACCCAGAGCACAGAGCUGUCCUCUUGACAGCAGUGGAGCUGUUGCAGGAAUAUGACAGUAACAGCGACCAGUCAGGAUCCCAGGAGAAGCUGCUUGUUGACAGCCAGGGCCUGAGUGGAUGCUCCCCACGAGACUCAGGAUGCUACGAGAGCAGCGAGAACCUGGAAAAUGGCAAGAUGAGGAAAACUAGCCUCCUAUCUGCCAAGUCAUCAACCGAGCACAGCUUUAAGUCUUUCAACAGAAACCAGCUGGGCAACUACCCAACACUGCCCUUAACAAAAUCAGCGGACACACUGAAGCAGGGAGAGCAGAGCCGGCUGGGCAGUGGGCUUACCCCUCACGCCUCCACCACCUGUGACCAGCCGUGUGCGACUGGUUUGAAUAAAAACCGAAGAAGCCUCCCCGUUUCCAUCUGCCGAAGCUGCGAGACCCUGGAGGGCCCCCAGACUGUGGAAACUUGGCCCCGAUCCCAUUCCCUGGAUGACCUUCAAGGAGAGCCUGAUGCUGAAAAAGAUGUGCCUAGUGGGAUGACGGGACCCUCCCCUCAGAUUCUACCAGAAGUGCCACAAAAGACAACCGCCUCCAUCACCAAGGUUCAAACCCCUGAACAACAAUCUGCUGUAGACAAUGCAUUGCUGCUGACCCAAAGCAAAAGAUUUUCUGAACCUCAGAAAAUUACAACUAAGAAAGUGGAUGGUUCAGUAGCCGUCUCUUCACGGGGCACAUCACCUCCUCAGUGUUUGCCCAAAAACUAUGAUGCUCAACCUCCGGGAGCUAAACACAGUUUCACAAGGACGCCUCUUGAGGGUCACAAAAAAGGGCACGAUUUUGAAGGAACAAAUCAUCCCCCAGGCACCAAAGAAGGGGUAGAUGUUGAGCAGAGGGUCCCUGAGGCAAGAACGCAGCCAAAAAAUCCUCAGCCUCCACCUGUUCCUGCCAAAAAGAGCAGAGAACGCCUGGCUAAUGGACUCUACCCUGUUCCCGGUGGCUCUGGGGGGACCCUCCCCAGCCCUGAUGCGCCGUGUCUGCCGGUUAAAAGGAGUGGCCCCAUCAGCCCCACUGACUGCCACGCAACACAGGCUGCUAGGCCCGCCUCAGGGCAGGAACCUGGCAGCCCCCCAAGCCCAAGACCACCUCCCUGGCUCUCAGAGCUCCCAGAGAGCAUGAGCCUUCAGGAGCAUGGCGUGAGGCUGGGCCUGGCGUUGACCAGGAAGGUGUCCUGUAACCGAGGGGUCGAUCUGGAAAUGCUGACUGAAAACAAGCUACAAGCAGAAGGCAUCGAUCUCACUGAGGAGCCAUACUCUGAUAAGCACGGCCGCUGUGGGAUUCCGGAAGCCCUGGUACAAAGAUACGCAGAGGACUUGGAUCAGCCUGAGAGGGAUGUGGCCACCAACAUGGACCAGAUCCGUGUGAAGCUGCUUCGGAAACAGCACCGCAUGGCGAUCCCAAGUGGUGGCCUCACGGAAAUCUGUAGAAAGCCCCUCUCUCCUGGGUGCGUGUCGUCCGUGUCUGACUGGCUGAUUUCCAUCGGUCUGCCCAUGUACACCAGCGCCCUCACAGAGGCGGGGUUCAGCACACUGAGCCAGGUGCCUUCUCUGUCCCACACUUGCCUUCAGGAGGCUGGCAUCACAGAGGAGAGGCACAUAAGCAAGCUCGUAUCCGCAGCCAGACUUUUCAAACUGCCACCAGGCCCCGAGGCUGUGUAGCCAGACCACGGCUGGACCUCCCUGGACAAGAGCCACCCUUUCACUGUGCUUGUGAUGCAAUUCCUCCACCCCUGGAUGUGCAGAACCAGACCCAGAAGACAGGCCCAGUGUGUAGCCAAACACAGCAUGAAACCUUGGCACAGGACUGAGAACCCUCUCUCCUCCAGAAAAGCCCCCUCGAGGAAAUUGGUGUGGUUCUCCUUAACCCCCAAAGAAAAGACAAGUACUUAUUUUUAUUUUCAGAACACAAAAGAACCAAGAUGCCAGCUAGCUGCAGACUCUGCGCCUCCAGACUAUCCCUGUGAGCCGGGAGAGGUGGGGUGGAGAGGGAGGGGCACCCUGUUCCUGCCCUUGCCUUCUCUCUGUCACCCUGCAAGAUGCCCGAGGGCCAGACCGGCUUUAGCUAGGCCAAAGUAACAGACUGGUGAAUUAGUGGACACUAUGGACCAUGCUCAUUUGUUCAAAAGUAAGAAAAUCUGGCUGCACCAGAAGGAAAAAAAACGUCCUGUUCUCCUUUAGAUAAACAAGAGACAUGUUAAUAAUUGCUUUCUAGCAAUCAGCUUUUAUUUGCCUUAACAUAAGCUUUGAGCAGUUAUUUAACUCGCAUUCACGACCCUGUAACCAUAGUUCCAAACCUUCAGCUUAGACUGCCGUCUAGUAUAUCUGGGGUGUUUUCAGCAAAAUUGGGCUUUUCUAAUUGUUUCAUUCUGACAUGGCUUAUUUUGUAGGGGUGUUUAUUCAGCACAAAUUUCAUGUUGGCUUUCAGUUUUUAAACUAACUACAAAUCCAGUAAGAAUCUAUCUGAAAUACAUAAGGAUAUCUUGUAUAUGUGCCUGUGUAUUGUGUGUGUGUGUGUAGUAACUACCUUUCAUUUUAAUCAGUUUAUUUUUGUUAUGGUGUUGGUCAUCAUGCUGCUGCCUUGGCUUGGAAUCAGGACUGUAUCCAUUCCAAACUUCAGUCAUCAGCUAACAGGUUGCCUUUGCGAAAAGUCAUUGUAAGAUUGAAUGUUCCAGAAAGAUGUUUUUAAAAAGGGAAGUAGUCUAUAUCUUCUAAGUUUUUUAAGUGUUAUAAUUAAGACGUUGUUAUCUUUCUUUUCUUCUUUAGGUAAUUCUUUUAAUUCAAACAAGGGCUCAUUAUGAAGCCAGAGCAACCACGCUAGCCGUGUAUUAAGUAUUUGCAUAUUUUCAAUUGCUUUCCCAACUGGUUUCAGCAUCUUCUGUCAUCUUUUAAUCUAGUGUCUGAUUUUCCAGCAAACAGCAAAUUUAGACAACAAACUAUUAAGGUCUUCAUUGCUUACAAAAUGAUUUUCCUUUACGUUCUCAUCGUAAGCGCCACUUUAAGCCUCAUGUGAUCAUUUACAAUAGAAACACUUUGAUCACAAGGCUUUGAUCAAAAGUUAUUAAAACAAAUGAGUUCCCUCAGGAAAAAGAAAAAGUGAUUCCAUUCAUUAGCAAGGCAUCUCUGGCAUUUGCUUUAUAUACCUAGAUCCAUGUUUUCUGAGGAAACGGAUGUUCUCAGGUGAUGUAAUUUUUUUUUUUUGGCAUGCAUUUUUGUAAAAUAAUGUCUGUUUCUUCAAUAAUAUUCACCUUCUAUGAGAUACCACAUGAAGAUGUGGUAAAAAUGUAGAAUGGCUAAAGCUGCCGAACUUCAACCGAGCUCUUAAAACCAACCAGCUCGUUUUAGUCCUCUCCAGUUUUGGCGUUCCUGUGAACAUAGCCUGUUGGGAAUGUAGCCAGGCUGCAGGGUUCUCGUGUAAUGGCAUCAUUUAGGCGUAUUUUAAGUGACGUGGUGCAGAUGGGCAGGAACAGGCUCUUCGUGCCUUCACACUCUGCCACCUUCACAUCCGGAGACAUCUUGCUCAUUGCUGAAGCUGAGCAAAAAGACCACAAGAGUCAAGUUAGAGGUAACAAAGGAAAAGAAGAAACCUGACGUGCAUUUCCAAGUUUUAGUUCAUGUUCUGUGCUAGAUUUUCAUUUAAGUCAAAGUAGCCUCAGAAAAGGGAACUUUCUGGAUUUGAGUGUCUUAAGAAUGCCAAACCCUUCUUUGGAAAUCAUUGCCUUUGCAUAGGAAAUCGAAUUCAGGGACCAUGAAUUAAUGUUCAAUGGGAAGGUCUUUCUAGACUGAGAUGUCUGUGGUUUUUAUUUUACUGCAUUGUUUUUUAAAAAAUCUUUUUAGUGUUUGGUCUUCUUUCGCUUUAAACUCUUCAGUGGAUCCAGAAAAUCCUGAAUGUGUGUGUGUGGUGGGUUGGGGCCACUGGUGGGUGUUAGGAGACGGGGUGGCUUCAGCAAUACCCAGUUUCAAUCAGUUGCAUUUAGUACAGAAUUCCGCGUAACAGAAAAUUGUGUGGUUUUUAGAAAGCACAAAGGACACCUGGAAAGGUAGUUCAGCUCAGGUAGCUACACAUCCAUUGUGUAUAAUUUUUACUUCAGAAGCUGUCUGGAAGGAAAAGCAGCCAGCCAGCCCCCACUACCAUUUACAUUCCCAGAUAACCAAGAAGCAGGCAUCUUCUCAUGGCCUUGCCUUACUCAGAGGCCCUUGCUGGUACCUGGACCCAGGUGUGGGUGUAAUAGACAUGAUUAGCCUACUGGAAACCAGUUUCUGACAGAGCAGAGUUUGCUGUCGUAACUGCAGCAGCAGAGGCCACUUCACCAAGCAGCCGCCGCAUGGGUGCACUGUUAUUUUCAGAAAAAAAAAAAAAAAUCGAGUAGUCUGAGUCCAAGUUAUCUUGCUUUCAGAUUGAUAGAGAAAACAAGAAACUGUCAAGCAAGUUAUAUAACAACUAACAACAUUGCACUUUCUGUAUAUGAAAUCAAUAUUUAAAUAACUUAUUUUUCUCCAUGGCUGUUCUUAAACUUUGUAAGUAGCUGUAAUAUACCGGUACCAAUGUGUUCUUGCAAUUGCUUCAGCCCAGGAAAGCUGUGUAUUGUUUUAAAAAUUGUAAAAAUUAUUGUGAUGACUCAUUUAGCAAAAAGAGAGCUGGACAGAAGGGUUUCCCUAUGUAUCAAAACUUGUCUGUAAUUAUGUCAUCUAUGUACCUAGAAAAAAAAGUAAAUAAAUUUCUUCAAUUGAAUGUGCGUCUUUUUGUCAUUCUUGUUGUUCUUUGGGUAUUUCAAGGAUGGAGUAGAAAUGGAAUUCCUCAAUAGAAAUUCUAGGAAAGAAAUAUACAAAGUACGGUUUGAGAAUGAAAUCGAUUGUAAAAAUAGUAAAAAAAAAAAAAACGUAGUCGUGCACAAUUACUUCUGCUACAUAAUCAUCAAAACUCACUCUCGGACACACACCCAAAUUCUUUUUGUGGGGGUUCUCCUCUACCUGGAACGCUCUUCCCUCAGAAAUUCCGCCUAAUUCCCUUAUACUCUUCUCUGACAGGACUUUGCUCAAAAGUUACCUUCUCCUCCAAGUGGCCUGUCCUGACUACAUCAUCAAAAAUUGGCCUCUCCCCUCUCCCUCACCUCUGCCACCAUCCU